AAUAAUAAUAAUAAAAAGAAAUAAUUAUUUACUUAAAUAGAACAUUGAUUGUUAGAAUGGUAUAUUAAUGGCCUCGUCUUUUGCUUGCGAUUUACCCCGUCAAACGUGAAUAACGUUCUGGCUUCCAUUACCUACGAAUGUCUCGGAAUAAUUCACAAGUACGGUAAGUCCUGUGCUAUGUUUUCCAUAAUAUACAUAUACGCGCGAAUAAUAUGGCUACAUAAUAUAUUAUACUUUAUGUAAAUUGUUUGUAUGCUUGUAAAUAUGCUUAAAAUUAAAUUUAAAUAUACUCAACCGUGCUUGGGUACAAAAUUCAUCUUUGGUAAUUUAUGACAGCAUAAUUAUGUUUUUUGUAUUAGAUCUUGGUGAUUUACUAUCAUCAGUGUUCGAUUAAGGUUCACAAUGACUGCUGAUCACUUUUGCUUAAAAUGGAACAACUAUCCAUUGAACAUGGUAACCGAAUUGGAUAGCCUCCGUACCAGUGAAGACUUAGUAGAUGUCACUCUGUCGUGUGACGGACAAUUAUUUAAAGCCCAUAAAGUAGUGUUGUCCAUGUGCAGUUCUUACUUUCGCAAUGUGUUUAAGGUAAGACAAAUUCAAUGUUUAAUUUUUGUAUGAACAAACAUUUUUUUUUAUGCAAUACUCAUCUAUUGGAUGUUUGUAAACAUAUAGUUUUUAUACUAAUUGUAUUUAUAGGAUAAUCCUUGUAAACAUCCGGUUGUGAUUUUGAAAGAUGUUAAUCAAGAUGAUGUGAAAGCAUUGCUCAAUUUUGUAUAUCAAGGCACUGUAUACAUAUCAGAGAAGAAAUUAGCAUCAUUUUUACGUACUGCUGAGCUACUUCAGAUUAGAGGUCUUGCUGGUGCAGCUUCAACUAUUAAUACUGAUUUAGUAAGUACACUAUUAAUUUGAAAUUGAUAUUUUUUCACUUAUUGAUAGUAAUUGGUACUUCUCUGUUUUACGAGAAUAUAACUAUUCCCAAGACUACCUCCAUUAUUGUGACCCACAUCAUUGUACAAAAUACUUUAAUUUAUUUAAGUUUAUCUUUUGUAGAUAACUUCUUUAUGUUUACUAUAUUUACUGUCCAAUUCUUUUAACAUUAAUGCUAAGUGAGUUUGAUCUUAGUAAAUUGGUAAAUUUUGGUAGUCUGAUAUAAUCGGACUGUAAAACUGUUAGAAAAGUUGUUAGUAUCGGAUUACAGAAAAGUACCUCAUUAUCUAAUACCUUAUUUUAUGGUUGAUUUUUAAUAUUUCAUUAUUAAGGAAUCAACUCGAACUAGUUUAGAAAAAAAUUCUUUGCCUGCAUUACAACAGUUGUCUACUAAUAACAAUAAAGUUGAAAAACAAGAUACAUCCACUUCUACAAUGAAACCUAACCAAUCACCUGAUUCCCCCAAUGGUAAAGUUUCUGCAAAACGAAAGAAAUGUCUUCCAGUAAAAUUGAAAAAGCAGUUUGAUGAUAGCACAGAGUUCAUGGUGAAAAUAAAGUUAAAACACAUUUCCAAAAGAUAGCAAUGUUUAAUCAUUAAAAAUAUUAUAGGAUGAAACUACCAGUAGUGAAACUGAUAUUUUGAGUAGAUUAAAAGUUGAUGAUAUCGAUGACGGUAAUGUAGAUACUGACUGUUAUAUUGAUGAAGAUGGAUCAAAGGAUGAGUUUGGUGAUGAUCAUUAUGGGCAAGGACCUGACGAUGAAUUUGAAGAUGUUGAUUUAGAUAAAGAAGACGAUGGUUCACAUUCUAACACAAUGUUUGAUAAAUCAUUGAUAGCUUCUCGUAUGCUAAAUGACCCUAAAGGUGAUUAUUGUAUUUAUUUUAUUUUAUUUAUUAUCUACAUUAAUUUAAAAUUAUUUAUUCAGAGAUCCGCACGAGUACAUCCAGUAGUAAUGAUUUUGGUGUAGCUUCAACACCAACAAAUCAGUGUACUUCUGACCAAUCAUUAGCGACUGCAGGUAUUAUAACCAUUUUAUACUUAAAUAAAUAAAUACUAGAAUGCAAGUGUGCUUUAUUGAUUUGAUGAGAAAAAUCUAUAUUGUUCUUCUAUAUUGGAAAUAAAUAUAUAUUUCACGGCUUAUGGACCGUGCAGGCAACGCACAUAUUUUUGCAGGAUCCCACCUGGCCCAGUGUGGGGACUGCCCCCAUUGCGGACAGAUGUACAACAACCAGUCGUCGCUGAAGUAUCAUGUGCGUUUAAUGCAUUCGGACUUGAUGCGCCGGCUGUGUUGUUACCUUUGUCCCAGUUCAUUUGUGUAUCGCGAGGCGUACAAAACGCACAUGCGACAAGAGCACAAUGUCAGAUUGUGAUUAAUAUCCGAGUGAAUUAUAUUUGAUGUAAGUGGACAAAUAUGGUUGUCGGUCGAUCGGAGCAUGGUGUAUUGUUUUUGAUGGGGGAAGUCUCGAACACUAAAACAUUUCAAAUAUGUAUAAAUUCCUUAAUAUUAACAAUCUUAAAACAAAUAUAACACCAAUUUAUUAAUAUUAUUUUUAUAUAAUAUCGAUUGCUAAUGGCAACAUAAUAUUUAUUAACUUCGGCUUUAUGUUAAUUGCCUAACAUUAUUGAGAAAUCAUACUAUAUGUAAGUGUUGGUUGAUGAAAUAUGCACACACUUGUUUAAAAUAACAAUGCAAAUCUAUUUAUGAACCCUGUGGACAUUCCAUAUAUACAUAUAGGUGUAUAACAACUUUAAACGGUGUUGUACGGAAAUAGAUUUUUGUUUAUUAUUUAAUUUUACCUGAAAAUCAUUUAUUCAAACUAUUAUUAUUUAUAUUAUAAGUUUCUAGCAUGUUCUAUAAUAUAUGUAUUAUUAUGCAUACAUUUUUCAUUUGAAAGGAAAAAUGUUUCAUUUUUUUAUUUCUUUUGGUUUCAUGGGAACAAAAUAAUUGUAAUUAAAGUUCUACAAUGAAUCUACAAAUGUAUUUAAUCAAAAAAUUAGUAUAUUAAUAUUUUAAUAUUAAUUUACAAUAAAAAAAAAAAAAUAUAUAUAUAUAUUAUACUAUUAAAGAUAUAGAAGUUUACUUUGUUAAAAACAAUAAUCUGAACAUUUCAUAAUAAUAACAAUAAUAAUAAUAAUAAUAUAUUGACAAUAAAUAUUAAAUGAUAAUACAAUUAAUAAACAAUAAACUAUUUUUACAUUUUGGGUUAUAUUAUUUCUUUCUAUAUUAUAUUUAUAUUUUAGUUGUGUGUAAAUUUAAUUAAUAAAAUCUGACCACAAUCUAAGUAACAGUUAAGUGGAUUAGUGUAAGUUUAAACUUCUCCGACAUCUAAAUAUUGUAGAUUCCGAGUGUAGCGAGGGAGCUAUUGGUUUUACAAUGCUGUUUAUUUUUUUUUCUUUGUUCUAGUCUGUGGACACGUUUUUUUUAGUAAACUUGCUCUGAAUUUUACUAACAAUUUUUUUGAAAGCUCAAGUUUCCUUGAAUAUACUUUUAUUUUUAAUUUUUGACCCCAUUUUUAAAUAAAUGGUCUUUAGUGGGAAUAAACAUUGAAAAAUGUAGAAUUUCACGAUUCCAUUAUAUUGUUAAAAUUCAGAAAACGUUUUCUACCAGAAGAAAUAAUUUAAUCGAAAAAUCACAAGAAACCUUUUUUGUUGCCUUUUUGAUUUAAUUUCUUACAGUUUUAUCACCAAAACUUUUGAGUCACUUUUGAGCUUUUAAGGAAUUUUAAUUUUGGCUGUAAUUUGGGUAUAAAUAUACAUAGAGACUUGAAACCUGUUAAUAAUAUUUAUAUUGGUCUUACCUGGACGUGGUAAAAUUUUCAUUAGACGACCUUUUUUUUCUUUACAAUCGUUUUGAAAUCAAAUUUAAACAAAAAUCGCAAAAAAAAUUAUGACACUUUUAAUUAUGUAUUACUGAACUGCGCUCGGAAUCAACUUUCGUCAAUCAAUGGUAUAUCGUUGCUAACAGAUAUAAAUGAAAUAAUAACCUUAUGUAUCCUAUCUUCCCAACUUCUCACCUACAACAUUUGCUGCUCCCAUCACCAGUGUCAGCUCUUUCUAUAAGUUGAAUCUUAUAACUAUCUUAUACAAUAAUGUUAACAUGGCAUAUUUUUAAAAUCUCAUUAUAUUUAAAUAAAUCACCAAAAUAAAUGAAAAAAUAUUAUUUUAUUUUAUUUAAGUUUAUAUUUUGUUAUAAAAUAAAGUAUUGUUUUUAUAGUUUGUUUCAUGAAUUGACUUUUUUGGAUUUUCUCUAAAUUUGGUAAUUAUUUCAUUAAAAUAAUAUGAUUUUAUAAUUUUCUAUAAUCAUAUAUUAUUGAUAAUUUGUAUAAAAUUGUUUAAUACAAUAGUACUUGGUAUUGCAUAGACCCUCGCAUGGACCUUGUACUAAUAGACUGAGCAAGUAUGUAGUUCCAAUGGGCUACUAGAAUGUGCUGAUGACUACUGGGACUACUCUAUGCAUGUGCACAAGUUCCGGCAGUUAGGCAAAUCACUGCAGUGUCAUACCACCCACUUGCAUCCUGCCCCUUCUAUGAGUUUAAGGUUUAUGUAUAAUUAACAGUAUAAAAAUAAAUGAUAAUUUGUUAUUUAAUGAAUAUGAAAUUAUAAGUUAUAAAUAUUGAGAAUGAAAUAGCAUUGGAUACUAAAGUGCUUUUUACCUUUUUUUUUAACAUGAAAUUUUAUAAUUUACUGUAAUCAUGACUUUACACUUCAAUCUUGAAUUAUAUUUAAUUGUACUUACAAUAAGUAUAAUAUUGUUUUCACAGAUUAUUAAUAUAAAUUCAAUUUACUUUAAAUCAUUUAAAUUCAUUAGUAUAUAAACUAUGUACUUAUUUCAAAUUGUUCUUACAUUGAUAUUAUUUUUAAUAUUUUCUAAAGUUAAUAAAUAAACUUCUUUUAAAAUAACUACUGUCUAAACAUUAUUUUUGUACGAUUGGAUUUUAAAGGGUCAUUAAUAUUAAGAAUAAUUGGCCAUUCCCGUUUCCUUUUUAUGCUGUAAUUUUUGCUGCCCAUAAAAUAGACAGGCAUUUUAAUGCAAUACUAUUAGACGCAUGUGAAAUUUUUUGAAUCAUAUAAUUUUGACAAAAUUAAAUUUAAACAUAUGACAAUUAGCUUUCCUUUUUUAAAAAUAAUUACGGUCCUAAUUUAUUUUUCUCAAAAAAAAUGUAAUUAUUAUAUAUAUCAUAUGUAUAAUGGAUAUGAUAUAAUAUACCAAAUAUAUCAUACAUUAGAUAUGUUCUAAGGAUUAUAGUACCAGAAAAUACUAUAAAUAAUAUGUUUAAAAUAUUUCUUAUGAUUAUAUGUAGUUAUUAUUAUAAACAUUCUAUAUUCUAAUAUUUUACAUUUUUAAAAUCUUAUUUUAGAUUGUAGUUUAGUAUUGCAGGUUUUUUUUUUAGAAAACAGUAAAAACCUAGUAUCAUCAAAAGAUGCAGAUUCUUUGCCUAAUUUAUUACUAUAUGUACUUUAUUUGAAACAUUUAUUGACAUUUUCAACAAUUCACCAUUUUGAUUAUUUUUCUUGUAUUCCAAAUUAUUUGUAUUGUACUUUAAUAGAAUCGGAUUUUAUGACCAUUAGUACUUAAUUUAUAAAAUAACAUAUAGAUUUCCAAUAGUUUUUCUUUAAAAUUGAAUAACAACAAAUGUUUAUUCAUCAGUUUUAUUUUGUUGAUUUCAGAGAUGGAUACAUCAGUUGAGGGACAAAAAAUACAACUAAUACUUAUACUACUAAUAUUACUCUACACAGAAUUUUUUUUUAAAUUUAAAAUUAUUAAUUAUUGCAUACAGUGUAUAAUCUAAAUUACAUUUUGUAUCCAACCUUCCCAACUACCUACCCACCUACAAUAAUGGGCUAUCCGUGAGCAGUAUCAAUGUUUAGAUUCUGAGUUCAGGGAGAUAUGUAUUGGUUUUACUAUAAUGUGUGCUUUCUAUUCUUUUGUAUCAGAAACGUUUCCCAAACUAAAAAUUUUUUUUUUAAUUUCUUGAUAAUUGGUAAACAAUGAUAGAAUUUACAGUAAUCAUGUUUCAUUUUUUUUUUGUUUUUUUAGCAGUUUCAAGUUUUUAAUUCUUUAUUUUGGUUUUAUGUGAAUAAAAUUGAUUUACCGAAUACAAAUGCUUGGAAAAACAAAACAAAGUUAAUUUCAUGUUAGAUUUAAUGGUAAAUGUAACGUUGAGUUCUACUUAAUAGGUUUAUCUUUUCAUUUUUGCCAACUAAAUUUUGAUCAAAUUACUAAUUAUAAAUGUGUAGAACAUAACAACUGUUAUAUUUUAUUAAUUUUUAUAAUUUUACUCUGGUCAAAUAUAAUUUAUAUUCUAAUUUAUCAUCUGUUAAAUAAAAGGCAUAUUUAUCGUUAUGUUAAACUCUAAAUUUUAGUAAUAAUGUACCAUAGUGUAUAAUUUAUGCUGUGUUAGUGCUAUUGUCUUUUUAUUAAAAUUAUUAUUAAUUAAUUGUAUGACUUGUUAAACAUGGAUUAACAAUAAAUAAAGUAAAAGUUAUUAUUUAAUAUCUAUUUAUUUUAAUCAAUUAUUAAAUUUAAAUAUUGUUCACAGAACAAACUAAUUAUUUUGUUUUAAUACAGAAUAAAACUUAUGGUUAACCUCAUGUAAAAAUUUGAAUCAUUUCUGAUUGGCUAGAAAAAUUUUAUUGACAUCAAACUAAAUUAAAACCAAUAUAAACUCGAAAUUAUCUUAAAAAUCACCACCUAUUUUGAAAAUGUCAUCAUGUCUAGAAAAUUCCAGAGCUCUACAAUUAUUUUUAUCAGAAUUACAAUAAAAAAACAAAAUUUAUGUAGUAUAAAAAUGUAACCCUAAAUUUUAUAAAUUUUCCAGUAUUUCCCUUGUUUUCCCGGUUUUUUCAUAAUCAAAAAGUAACUUGCAAAUUAAUUAGGCAUAAUUUGCUUUGGGAAAAUAAUAUGCUAGACUAGGAAAUCGAAGAAAUCAAAUACAUUUGAUUAGAAAGUUAUUUAUAUACAAAACAAACAAAAAACGCAUCGCAAAACAUAGUAAAUACAUUUCAUAUUUUGUUUAGCUUUACUUUUACUAUUUGUUAGUAGCUGAUUCCCAGUUUUUGAGUUAGAAGUAAUAAUGUAAUAUUAACGCGUCUUCAAUAAUAUUAUUGUAAUAUAUUUUAGAUUCUGAGUGGAGUGAGGAAUGUUUUUGUUUUUACAAUGAUGUUUAUUUAUCUAUUUUUAUUAUCUGUGAAAAACUUUUUUAGAAACUUACUCAGAUUUUUAACAAUAGUAUUUUUCUAAAAGGAAAUCCUUGAUUGUCCCUGGGGUUUUCUUUUUCAUAACAAAUGGGAAAUUGAUGAAAUUUAUUAUUUUCAAAUUGUAAAUAUUAGGGCCUUUUAAAAUAUGCAUAAACAAACUCUGCUCAGAAUUUUUUUUAGUAAUGAUUAAUCGUUAUAUACAGAUAUACAUUAAAUUCCCCUCUUACCUUCCCAAUUUCUCACCUACAACAGUGGCCCAUUGUGUGAAGUGUAUCCAUAUUUUUUUAUUUUUUAAGUUUCACCUGUAUUUUUAAAUUUUUAAUCUAUGGGCAGCAUUAAAAUUUCUCUGUUUUACAUAGCAUUUAUAUUUUAAUUAAUUUAAUAGGUUCACACUUAAUUUAUAUAAUAAUGAAGUAAAAACAAAAUUAUUAAAAUGAUUAAUAAUCAUAAAAAAUGUAUAUAUAAUAAUAAAUUAAAUAAAUGAAUGCAUUUUCUGGAGUAUUAUGAAAAGUAGAGGUCAGUUUUUUAUGAUUUAACUUAUUUGUUUCUAGCAUAAUUAUUUAAAUGGGAGUGAGAAAUUUUCACAAUUCAUGAAACAUAGAAUUCGGAGAAAAAAAUUUAUUUUGCAUUAAAAAUCAUAUUUUAGGGUUUAGAUAAUAUUUAAUAUUAAAGUAUUAAUUGAGAUUUAAAGAAUUUAAGAAAGAUUUGAGAAUAUUUUUAUUUUUGAUUCUAUUAUUUGUAUGAUCAUUUAUCGGCAUUUUGAUAAUAAUGAUCAACAAAUACAAUUUAUUUUACAAGCAAGUUAUGUUUAUAUCCUUCUGGGUUUCUAAUAAAAAUCAAACACUACAGAUAUUUUUUAUCGAUGGCAAUAGUACAUCAGAAAUAACAAAAUAACGUUAGCUGUCACGAUUGUAAAAUAAAUAUAUAAAUAAAAAAUGUAUGUAUAAAAAUUAAAUAAAUGAAUCAAUGCGUCGCCUGGAGUAUUAUGAUACGUGUAUUAUACGACCGGUUUCAAAUUCAAAAUUUAUCAUCGGGUAUAUCACAGUCAAAAUCUAAAACGCGAAUUUAAAAAUCAAAGAAGGCAUACAUAGAAAAAAAAAAUUAUGCAAAUUAAUCGUUUUAUAUAAAAUAUAGAAAUAAUUUAUUUUAUUUGGAGAGAUUAUUUAAAAUUAGUUAUUAUUAGAUAAACAUGUUAAGAAAUAUAAAUUAUCUGAUUAUUAUUUAUUAUCUAAAAUGUAUUGAUAUAAGAUAUUAUUUUUAAAAUCGGUUUGAACAUUUAAAAUAUUAUUACAAAUUUGUUUUCUUUAUUUCAUUGUAUAUGUGCAAUUCUUCUAGAACUGAAUUAAUGUAAAUUAUAUUUUGAGUAUUUAAUAUUUCUUAGUGUAUUAAUAUAAAAACUUAUAUUAUGGUUAUUUGCUAAAAUACAUUUAGCAAAAUUUGAUUUAGGGUCAGUUUUUUAAAUUUUAUUUCAGAAAUGUGUUUUUUAUAUCUUGUUUUAAAAAAGUAACAUUUUGACUGUGAUAUACCUGAUGAAUUUUCAAUUUGAAACUGAUCGUAUAAUACACUUUUAUUAUUACGACACAUUUAUUCUUUUAUUUAUUUUAUUUUUAUAAAUAAAUUGUUUAACUAUAUAUUUAUUUACCAUAUUUAAUAUUUUGUAUUUCAAUUACAUUGUGCUAUAAUCAAACUGUUAAUUAUCGAAUAUUGAGUGAGAAAUAGGGAAUGGUUGAGUGAGUGUUUCAUUAUAGAAGCUAUGAACAAUGUAAUGUGAUUAUUGAUUUUGAAAUACAUGUGUAACAUUUUUUUAUCAAAUCCAACAUUAUAAUUAUAAUUUAUAUUAAUAAUGAAUGAUGAUUAACUGAUGCAAAUACUUAUUUUAUUGGAAUAGUUAUUUUAGUUAGCUGUUAUUUGUGUUGACAUAAUAUUUAUUUCAUUAUAUUUUAAAUAAUAAUAUAAAUUAUGCAUUAGUUCCUUGCAAGACAAGGGUUGAUAUAGUUUGAAGAAUAUAAAUUAAAUAAGCUAUGUUAUUACUAAUAUUUUUUUGAACCUGCCAAACUUUCCAAUCUCCUUCCGAUAGAUUAUUAAAACUAGAUAACUAUUGUAAUAAUAAUUAUUAAAACUAUUUCAAUAUAUAAGAAUAAAUACUAAAGAAUACUUUUUAAACUUUAAAAAAAAAAAAAAUCCCUACCAUCCUAACUUAUUUCUGGUGAUUUUAAGUGUUAUCAAAUUAUAUUAUGUAAUACAUAACUAUUUAUUUAAACACAUAAAUUCAAAACUGACCACUCAUUUUUAAUGACUUAUUUACACAAAACUUUUUUAUUAAUUUUCUGUUGGUGAAAUGAUAUAUCUAUAUUUUGGUGUUAAAACCACAUUGAUAAUCGCACGAAUCAUGUCGCACGAUGUCCAAUUUUUAUUUGUCAUACAAGUUUUCACUGAUGCAUAUAUAAAUUGUUCAUACUAACAAUUGGUUAAUUUUUUUUCAGACCGUUUAGGCCGUCGGCCCUGCCCUUUGUGCCACAAAGUGAUCUCCAAUAAGUCUAAUUUAUUGAAACACAUGCGCAUCAGGCAUAGCGACGAAUACAAUCCUGCAGGCUGUAAUGUGUGUAGCAAGGUUUUCAAAAACAAAUACAGUCUGCGAGCACACAUUAAUAUCUACCACAAAGAGCAUAAUAACCCUGCCAGUACUACAAAUAAUAGUAACCAAGGUGCGUAUCAAGUGUACAACAAUAAUGCUGUUGGUCAGCAGCAACAGCAGCAGCAACAGCAACAGCAACAGCAACAGCAACAGCAGCUACUACAACAUCAACAGCAGUCAACCCAGCAGUCUGCUAGCCUCAACAACUCUGCCGGAUCAUAUUUGACUGGUUCGUCGUCUGUGGCAUGUUUUAAUCAAAUGUCUCCAAAUGCCACUACAACGACAUCAGGUGGCUAUAUCAUACAGCAACCACCCACUUCGCCGUUCCUAAACAAAAUCUCGUUGGAUCUCCCAUCUCCAUAUCAAUUAACAAACCAGGCCACUUCUGGACCCCCACUGUCUCCACUUUAACCACUAUUUCCACCAGCAUCAGCCGGUGAAUUUUUUGACAUCAUGGAAUGUGCUUCGAGCGCAUGACUAAUUUGGAAGUUUAAGUGUGUCGCACAAAAGUGUGCCUACAUUACAAUGGACUUAACUGAACCUUGUAUUAACUUAUGUCUAAUUACUACUAUAAAAAGAAAUAAUUUAUAUAAUAAAGUUUUGUUUCUAAUGGGGGGAGAAAGGGUUUGGUUAAUUUUUAUUGAUAUUGAUUUUUCUUUGUUGCUCCAAAAAUUUUUUAUUGAAAUAUCUUAACUGAUAAACAUUUUUAAUAUACAUAUAUAUAUAUAUAUAUAUAUAUAUAUAUAUGUACAUGUAUAUAUUAUAUUAUGUAGUGUGCCAAUAAUGAUAAUAAGUAAUGAAAAAGAAACAAUCAAAUCAAUUGUAUAUUGUAUAAAUUCAUAUUUAUUAAUGAAGUUUACUUAUUAUAGCAGCUAUCUAUUUUAAAGGCCAAACGAGUCUAAGACUGAAAAACAAACGAGAAAUCAUAAUAUUAUUAAACAUAUAUUACCGUUGAAUUGUAUUUUAGUUCAUAACCAAAAGAUGAUUGUGAACAAAUUUUUGUUCACUUUAAUCAAUCUUAAACUUUAUAGUAUUUUGAUUUAUAUUCUUAAGCAAUAAAUAAUGUAACAUAGUCAUAGUCAUAGAUGUAUAUUUCAUUUACGAAAUUAAUAUUGCCAAAGAUAUUACAGAACUGAUGAUUUAAUGAUCGCCAACAUUUUAUAAUUUUAUUCAGCCCCUCUCAUUCUAUGUGCGAAUUGUGCACAUGGUUUUAUUAUAUUUUUUGACUUAUUUGGAAAAUCGUAUUUAUUUACUGCAUAAUUGUCUUUCUUUUUGAUUUGCUAAGUCUUGGUAUUAUUUAGUUUAUUUAUACCCUUAACAAUAUUGUUUUUGUCAAUAAUGAUUUUUAACGGGUAUUUUUGUAUUAUUAAUUAUGAUUUAAUUUAAUGUAUGAUUAUCAUUGGUACAAUAUUAUUUAUUUGGUUUUCUCGCCUUUUUCUUCUCUUUUUUUAUCUUAGUAAAUUUAGUAUUUUUUUUUUUUUUUAAUUUUUUUUUUGGGUUCCAAAGUGUGUAUUGAUGACUGAUAUAGUUUAUAGUGUUUAAUAAAAAAAAAAAAAUUGAAAAAUAUAUAUUUAUUUUUUUUUUUAACAUAGAAUGAGCCAACUAACGUUUUAUUUAUGUGUACAUUAAAAUUAUAUUUACGAUUAUGUAUGAGUAAUAAUAACUAUAAUAAAUCAAAUAUAUAUUUUACUUAGGC